AUGAUCGGGGACAAAAAAUCUAGAACUCGGCCUUAUUAUUUGAGGAGGUGUAAAAGGGUGAGUCCGAAGAACAUAGAGUCCCUCCCCAGUGAGCUCUUAUCCGACAUCCUCGUGCGUCUGCCGGCUGAUCAUCUCUACGACAGAGUAAGGCUUGUGUGCCGCAGCUGGUACCACAUUAUCCAUUCUUAUGAUUUUGUCGACACACAAAUUCAGCAUUCUACAUGUGGACUUCUUCUCUGCUGCCGUGAAGUGUGGGGCGGUCAUCAUCCAAUUCUCAUCACUGCAACGCAAGGCGGCCGAAUUGAGACAUCCGUGAAGUGGUGUGCUGACAAUUGCUAUUCUGGCGUGGAAGGGAUUGAACUUAAAGUAACAGUUUUUGAGACAUUGCGAAACUUGUAUGCUGAAUAUGUAGAGGCUUAUAGAGUUAGUACUAGUACUACUAAUAUUGUGAGAAAUGCUAGUGAUGCUCAAACAGGAAGUUCUAGCAAUGUUAGUGGUGUUAGUAGUGUGAAAUCUAGUACAAGUAGAAGCCAAAGCAAAUAUGAAAGCUUUAGGAAAACUGUUACUAGUGUUGAUCAAAUGAAGUCGGACUUUGAUUUGUACUUUGAGGAGGCAGUUGAAGAAUGGAAUGAGCCGACUCAGUUUGAUGCAAUUGGAUGGUGGAAGAUGCAUAGGAUGAAGUAUAAGAUCCUAUCAAAGAUGGCUUGUGAUGUGCUAUCAAUUCCCAUAACCACAGUAGCUUCAGAGUCUGCCUUUAGUGCUGGUGGUAGAGUUAUUGAUCCACAUCGUGCCUCUUUAGGAGUGGAUACUGUGCAAAUGCUACUUUGUGCCGAAGAUUGGCUACGAGCUCGCUACGAGAUCAAGGGAAAAGCCAAGGACAAAGAGAAUACCAAAGAGAUCACUUUCACUUAAGCAUGUCAUCAAUAGAAUGGUAGUGACGCUUUGCUAGAUUGGAGAGAAUCUACAAAAUCAAUGCUUCUCUUAUAUAGUAGUUUUUGGUGUGUAUGUUUGGACUUUUUAAUGUUCUUCUAGUUACACAAGACAUUUUAAUUGUUUGGAUUGUUGUUUAAAUUAUGUUAUUUUGGCAUGCAUGUACAUUUGUUAGAAUGAUUUUUAUUCGUAUUGAUGCUUGUUUUGGACGA